AUGUUCGAAACUCCAGCCCCUUCUGCCAAAGUCACGUCCCCAACCACUACCGGAGCAGAUGCCACUGCCAAUGACCAAGACCAUAAAGAGGAUAGUCAUAAUGAAGAGGUGGACGUGCAUCACUCUCGCCGCAGUGGACGCCAGGAGUCGCAGUCAAUCCGCCGUCCUCCCCCUCGCCAGCCCAAAUUGAAGGGGCCGUCCUCAUCACAGCAGCAAUGGGCUGCAGUCUUCAACUUAACCCGUCUCGACCUCCAACUCGACGUUCAAAUUUAUCUUGAGCACCAGAACAGCUCCGGUUCCGCUGAGUUCUUCCUCGGCGAAGCUCUCCACGUUUCCUUCGCCGACGCCCCCGAGAAUGACAACCCAUUCGCACGCUUGCAGCCCCGAGCUCAAACGCAAGCAAUAGCAAACCUUUAUGUCAUCGAAGGAAAGCUCAAGUACGUGGAAACAUUCACCCAUAUCCGAUAA